UCCACUCUUCCUUUUUUGCUAAACAAUAUUCACCUGCAUCAAAACCCCCUUUGGAACUGGACACAGGGAAAAACCGCAUCAGCCCUGCUUUCCACUCCCUGCACCCCCCAACCCAAUCCCAGUUCUUCUCUCUCUGCAAUAACUACAGUUUCUGUUCUGCUGCUACAACUUAUUCACUGGUUUCAGAAACAGAAGCAGAGCCAUAUCUUUAAGAAUCUUUCUCAUGCAAAGAAGCCUUUUUGCCUACUCUUUGUUUCUCUCUCAUUCUUCAAGUCAUGGAAGAGAGAGAGGAGUCCAAUACAAACAAGAAAUGCACAUCCAAAACUAGCUUCAGAGAGAGGACUACUAAUCCUCAUAACCAUCAGAAUCACCACCACCAUCCCAACCAGCUACUGCGUCACUCUAACAGGAUUGGCUUUGGAUUUUGUAACCUGAAUCAGAACCAGACAUAUCCGGCUCUCCUUCCUUUGCCUCCUACCAUACCUUUGCAGCUAUCCAUCACUCCACCUUUCCCUCAAAACCAGAACUUCAGAUCAAAAUCCCAUUUGCAGAAGCCUACUAGGAAACAGAACAAUCCUCCUCUUGCUGCCUCCUCUAACUCCAGGGCCCAAGAUAUCUCCGUUGUACCAGGUAAGGUGGCCCAAAGGCAAACUGUUCUGCCCCCUGGAAAGAGAGAAGGAAGGAGACUUACAGCUGUUACACAACAAUCAGGAAUGGUUGCAAGAAGACCAGAUUCUGGUGGUCUGGAGGGGACAGUUAUUUCUCUUCUUGCCAACCAUUUUCAUGUCCAAUUUGACCCUUCCCAAAGAAUCUUCCACUAUGAUGUUGAAAUCUCUCCUAAUCCAUCGAAGGAAGUUGCCAGGAUGAUUAAGCAAAAACUAGUCAAUGAAAACUCUGUUGAGCUGUCUGGUGCCCUUCCAGUUUAUGAUGGUAGAAAGACAUUGUACAGCCCUAUAGAAUUUCAAAAUGACAGGAUUGAAGUAUACGUUAGUCUUCCAAUUCUUAAUGGCAAGUCAAUGUCAUCUGUUGGGGAAAUAGUCAAUUCUCAAGAAAAGAAACAGCAAAUUAAGCUUUUCAGAGUUAACAUCAAACUUGUAUCCAAACUUGAUGGUAAAGAACUAGGCAACUAUUUGAAUAAAGAAAGGGAUGAUUGGAGUCCCCUUCCUCAGGAAUAUCUUCAUGCAUUAGAUGUUGUCCUACGGGAGAGCCCAACAAACAAAUGUGUGACUGUGGGGCGAUCAUUUUACUCGAGUUCAAUGGGAGGCUUGAAGGAAAUUGGAGGAGGGGCGGUUGCUUUAAGAGGCUUCUUUCAAAGUCUCAGACCAACUCAACAAGGGCUUGCUCUAAAUGUGGAUUUUUCUGUGACAGCUUUCCAUGAGAGCAUUGGGGUGAUUCCCUACUUACAAAAGCGGCUUGAUUUUCUGCAUGAUCUUUUGCAGAAGAAGACUAGAGGUUUGACAAAUGAAGAGAGGAAAGAAGUGGAAAGGGCACUGAAGAACAUCAGAAUUUUUGUUUGCCAUAGAGAAACUGUUCAAAGAUAUCGAGUCUAUAGCUUGACUGAGGAAGUGACUGAAAAUAUCUGGUUUCCAGACAGAGAUGGGACGAAUUUAAAACUGGUGAAUUAUUUCAAGGAUCACUAUAAUUAUGACAUACAGUUUAGGAACUUCCCAUGUUUGCAGGUUAGUAGGAGCAAACCAUGUUAUCUUCCAAUGGAACUAUGUGUGAUUUGUGAAGGACAGAAGUUUCUUGGGAAGCUAUCAGAUGAUCAGACGGCAAAAAUUAUUAAGAUGGGAUGCCAAAGGCCUAGAGAACGAAAAGCAAUCAUCGAUGAAGUUAUGGCAGGCCCUGUUGGACCAACAAGUGGCAAUCAGGGAGGAGAGUUCAAACUCCAAGUGUCAAGGGAGAUGACACGAUUACAUGGCAGAAUCCUUCAGCCUCCCAAGCUUAAACUUGGAGAUGGGGGUUGUGUAACAGAUCUAAUUCCAGCUCGACAUGAUCGGCAAUGGAACCUUCUUGAUAGCCAUGUCUUAGAAGGUACUCGAAUUGACAGGUGGACACUUGUAUGUUUUGGUGGAACCUCUGAUCAAAAAUCCAACAUCCCAAAGUUCAUUAAUCAGCUGUCCCAAAGGUGUAGUCAGUUGGGCAUCUUUCUCAACCGAAACACAGUUGUUGGACCCCGGUUUGAAUCCAUGCAAUUGCUCAGCAAUGUGAAUCUCCUGGAGUCUAAACUUAAUAAAAUUUAUAGGGCUUCUUCAAACAAUCUCCAGCUCCUGAUUUGCAUAAUGGAGAGAAAACACAAAGGAUAUGCAGACUUGAAAAGAGUUGCUGAGACAAGUAUUGGUGUUGUGAGUCAGUGCUGUUUGUACACAAACCUUGGCAAACCGAGUUCACAGUUUCUGGCCAAUUUGGCUCUCAAGAUCAAUGCGAAAGUUGGUGGUUGCACUGUUGCUUUGUAUAACUCACUGCCUACUCAGAUUCCAAGACUCCUAAAAUAUGAUGAGCCAGUGAUAUUUAUGGGUGCUGAUGUAACCCAUCCUCACCCCUUGGAUGAUUUCAGCCCCUCAGUUGCUGCCGUGGUUGGCAGUGUAAACUGGCCUGCAGCAAACAAGUAUGUUUCAAGAAUGAGAUCCCAAACACAUAGACAAGAGAUUAUACAAGACCUAAGCGCAAUGGUGGGUGAGAUUCUGAAUGAUUUUUAUGACGAACAAUCCAGGCUCCCUGAGAGAAUAAUAUUUUUCAGAGAUGGAGUGAGUGAAACACAGUUCUACAAAAUUCUUCAGGAUGAGUUGCAAGCAAUUCGUGCUGCUUGUUCUAGAUUUGCUGGUUAUAAGCCUCCAAUUACUUUUGCAGUUGUACAGAAAAGGCAUCACACAAGGUUGUUCCCUGAUGGAAGCGAUCCCUCUUCUCAAAACCAUUUCUUUGAUGAUAAUAUUCCCCCGGGGACAGUUGUAGAUACUGUGAUCACUCACCCGCGAGAAUUUGACUUCUACCUUUGUAGCCAUUGGGGUGUAAAAGGUACAAGUCGUCCAAUUCAUUAUCAUGUGUUGUGGGACGAAAACCAAUUCACUUCAGAUGAAUUGCAAAAGCUGGUGUAUAAUCUAUGCUACACGUUUGUAAGGUGCACCAAGCCGAUAUCUUUGGUGCCUCCGGCUUACUAUGCUCAUCUUGCUGCAUAUAGAGGCAGGCUUUACCUUGAGCGCGCAGAUUCAACCGCAUCCGCCAAAGGUUCUGCUACCAUCUCCCGAGCUGCCCCUCCAAAGGCAACUCCUCUUCCAAAACUAACUGAAAAUAUCAGAAAGCUUAUGUUUUAUUGUUGAAAUUCUUGCUGUGCACUCUCAAAUGUGUAUAACUAAAUUCAGUGGUUAAGAAAAAGCAGCUAAAUUAUCUGUCAUGUAAACCUCAUUUGCCUUAUUUAAAUGCUAUUGGUGCCUUGAAUC